AUGGACCAGAAUGGUUUUUUAGCUUUGAUUAUCGACCAGCACACCCCUAUUAUUACUGCACAGUUCUUAUUCGAGCACAAAGCGUGCUAUCCUGCUGGCCAAACUAAAGCGACCACGGACGUCCUGAAAUGCAAGUACGGAGGCAAUGUCCCCAAGGCCGAGGAGCAUGAAAUGAUGCAUUAA